AUGCAACAAAAUAGGGAUCCACAAAUUAAUUAAAAUGACCCUUUUUUGAAUUAAUAGCUCUAAGAAGGUGUAUUAUAGCUAUAAACUUUGUAGUAGCAACCUAUAUAUUUUGGUGAUCUUAUUUGCAUUAAAGUAGAAGGAAUAGGAAGUAAAAAGUAUAUGCAUUCAGAAGGAUUUUAUCCAUCUUGCAUUAAGUGUAUAGACUAUGAAGAUACAGGAGAUAAUUUAACUGAUAUUGAUGGUUCAAUAUUUGAAAUUUGUAAUCCAAUAUAAUAUUUUAGCAAAUAAAACAGAUACUAGGAUAAUCAAUCUGACCUAUCUGAUAAAAAUUAAAAUUUCAACAAAAAUAAAACUCUAGUAAAUACUUAAAGCAUAACUAGUCCCUCCCUGUUCAAUUAGAAGAAUAAUUAUGAUACUUAAGAUAGCUUAAAUAAGAAUUUAUAAGCUUAGUAAUUUGAAAGCUAUUCUUAAAAUAGAGUUGGCGCUGACUCUUACAUGUAAUAUGACUCUAAUUAAAGUAAAGAUGGAGUGCUAAAAAUGAAUCAAUAAAAUAUGUAAAGUGAUGAAUAUUUUUAACUUAAAGCUAAAACAAAUAAAAAUAGGGGUAGUGAUGAGUAGACAUACUUAAAUAGUGGUGAAGAGCAUUACGAAAAUUAGGUAACACUAGGCUUUAAUCAAAAUUUCAUUCUUAGACAUAAAAGAUCUAACAAAUUUUUGUACCUAGUAGAAGAAGACUUAGAAUAUUAUUCUCUUAUUCUGAGUUCAAAACCCUCUCUCUUUAAAAUUUCGCCGUCAUUUAAAAGCUAAGUAGUUUAAACUAAAACUGUUUACUACAAUUCAUUUAUAUAUAUUUAAGCUGUCCCUUUUGCAACUGCCAGUAAUAAAGAUAUCUAUCUUGUUAUUGAUGAAGCCAUGUAAUAUGUUAAUUCUUCAAACUAUAUAGCUCCUGGAGGAGGAUCUUUUGUUAGUCCUAAAUUCACAAACUACACAUGCUUUUUUGGAGAUUUCUUUUUUUCCCCUAACUAAAAAACUUGUUUACAUAUUGAGCCUUAUAGAUAAAAUUUAAGUUACUUCCAAAAAAUAAAGGGAACAUAAAAAGGAAUAAGUAAUAUGAAUAAUGAGAAUGAAUAAUUAUUUUUAAGAUAUGGUGAUGUUGUGAAGAUUUUUCAUAUUGAAACUGAAUCAUUCUUCUAGUAUGAGGAUAAUUAGCUUAUUAAGUUCAAAUCAACUGAGAUCAAUGAGGAAUCUAAUAUAGUUUAAGAAAUAGAUGAUGAAGAUGAUAAUGAAAUCCAUUAAAAUGAUAAUAAAAUAAGCUCUACUGGAUUUAGGUCAAAUCAAAUGUUUUAAAAAAAUAAUCAAAUAAUAAAUAAUUAAAUGAGACAAAAAAAAGAUGAAGUUAUAUUGUGUAAACCUACAGAUGAUUAAAACUUCAAUAAGUCUAAUACGCUUUGGAAGAUUAUUAAUCCUCUGAAUCCUCUUGAUGGCGGUUUCAUAAGAUGGGAGGAGAAAGUAGUUUUAAAAUGUUUAAAUAAAAAUGUUUUCCUCCAUAUUAAAGAGUAAACUAUUGGUAAAAAAAAAACAAGAUAGAUUAAGCUAAAAACAUCUAUAAGUGAUGAAUCAGAAUGUCAUUUUCACUUUUGUUAGGAAUAUUAGCAUGUAGAAUUAUAAGGAGAAGAAGGCUAGGUGUAUUAAAACUUAGAAAAUUUUAAUUUAAUCAAAAUAAAUUCCCUAUUUAGGAUAGUACACAGUGAAACCAAUUAAACUCUUUCAGCUUAACUUUAUAACGAAAUAGAUAUAAAUAAACAGUAAUAUGAUUAGAAUAGGCAAUAUAAUGAUGCUUAGCCAGUUUUAGAAACUCCAAAAAGAAACUCUUUUUAUAGCUCAAUGACUUAAAGCAUAAUUGAUUAAAAUUUUUUACCUAAAAUUCAGAUAAGUUCAAUAAAGUAACUCAGUUAGGAUAAAAAAAAAACUGAAAUAACCUCUGAAGAAAAUGAAAAGAUUGAUAUGAAAUAAAUAGUCCUGAAAGAGAAUUAUUGUGAAGGAGAUGUGUUAAGAUUUUAGUAAAUUGAAGAGUUAGAAUUAAUUGAGAGCAAUUAUUUAACAAGUACUUUUGAACUUAUUUCAUCAGCAAUUCCUCUCAUCAAAUACUAUGCUCUUAUAAGUGAUAAAAAGGAUGAAACUUCAUAGAAAAACAUAUUUUAAUUUACAAACCCUUACUUCAUUGAAUUUACUAGCUUACUCAGCCUCUCUAUUUAGCAUUAAAUUAAAUAUCUUUUAGACAUUGAAUUCAGCUAAGAUGUAACAUUUGAUAAUUCGAUUUUCCGAAAAUACAAACCUAAUAGUGAAAAGUAGAACUUAUCAAGCAAAAGAGGUAUAUUAGAGUAUUCUGUUAAUUUAUUGAAAGCAAUGUGGGGAUACUAAUCAGACAAAAAAAUUUAAGAUAUCCUCUAGUCUAUGAAAAAAAGUGAAGAUGAUUUUAAUAAUUUAGAAUCAAAAGCGUAGUCAAACCAAUAAUCAUUUCUUUCUGUUUGCAGUGGAAGAAGAGGUACACAAAUUAAAUAAUUUAAGUCCAAAAUAGAUUAAAAAGAUGAAUAGAUUUAGCUCUAUGAAACCUUUAAAAAGCUUUCUAAACUGAUUUACUUUCUCAUAAUAACUCUUUGCAAAAACAACAGUGGGAUUUCAAUAAACACUUUUAAUUAUUUUACAUUUUUCAAAAACCACGUUGGAUAUUCAAUUGGUGCAACAAAUGCAAUUAUAUCUAUCUUAAAAAAUAACGAAAAACUUUUAAAUAUGAUUCACACUAAGAAUUAUCAUACUCUAUCUGAAGUGAAAAAUACUAUAUCAAGAACAUUGCAAAAGCUCAAUUUAAAACAAUUUUAAAAAGGUAAUCAUAAUAGAUUUUUAUCAGCUGAUUGGAAAUCACAAAAUGGGUUGGAUAAUAAUAACUAGUAAAUUUAAUAAGUGAAUAAAAAAAAGAAUACUUUAGUGAAUGUUUUUUUCAAGAAAUAUGAACAAGUUUUCUAAAAUAGCAAUAAUUAUUGGGCAAACUUUAUGGAUGUUAUGAAUAUCAUGUGCAUCUGUAAAGGAGAAGCUCUCAACAUUAACCAGCUUAUUAUAGGUUAGGAAUUAUUGGCAAAUGAGGACCCCGUUUCUUCUAAAAAUUUAUAAAAAAUGAUCAUUCAAAUUUAAUGCAAAGAAAAGAAAAUUUUUAUUUAAAUCUACAAAAAAACUUAUGAGCUUAAGGAAUUUUUAGAUAAAGAAUAGAUUUACUUUGAAAAAAGUAAAGUUCAGUCUAAUGAGUAUAAGUUUUUAGUUAAAUAACUAGGGCUUUAUGCUAAUUUAUGUAAGGGAAGAAACUACCAAAAUAAACUCCUUUUACAAGAUUAAAUAACUGCUUAAGCUUUAACCCAUUAUAUAACAAAUUAAAACAUUAAAACAGAACUGAGAGCUAUAUUGCUUAAUUUGCUGAUUAAUCUUCAUUUUGAUAGUUGUCCUCGAAAUAAGGUUUAAAGACCUUGUUACACAAAGACUUUAAAUUCAAUCAAACACAAUAAAACUAAACCCAAAAAAUAAAGUAAUCCAAAUAUUAAUAAUAGUAUAUGCUACAACAUUGAUGUAAACUAAGAGCCUUAACAAAAUGAAAACAAUCAAAACCAAAAUUUAAAUAUAUCUAUUGGUUCUGAGUUUAUUUAGUAUGAUUUAGAUGAACAAGGCAGCAAAAGAGUAUUAAGUCGAAGCUAAAGGUUCUAAAGUGAUCUUUUUUAAAAUAAAAGUUAAAUUAAUGAAACCAAAUAGGAUUUAUAAAAGAGCCUUUUAGGAGGUAGAAAGCGAUUCUAGUCAUAAAAAAUGAAUGAAGAAAGUGUGUAAAUUGAAGAAGUGGAUGAAAAUGAAAUUAAAAAACCAAGUUAGAUAAAAGAUUAAAAUCAAAAUAAUUUAACUAAAAACAUCAGACCGUAAUAUAAAUCCAUUUUCAAUAACGAAUAAGAUAAUAGUAAUUCUGCUGUAUUUCACGAGUUUUCUCUCAACAACUUUAUAUAAAAAGAUUCUAUGACCAACUAAUAGGAAAUGAAGUAAUUUGUAGUUAACUACCUAAGAUGUUAGAUUUAUAAUGAGCAUGGAUAACUAAAGAGUGAUAUGCUAAGCUAUUAUGUUGUAAAAUUGGCGAGAAUGAUGAUUAUUUUUGAUUAUUUUGAGAAGGAAGAAGAGGAAUUUUUUCAAAUUAUUUAGUCACUAUUAUUUAUUUUAUAGACUUAAACAAAGGUUCCAAUACUUGAGAAAUUAAGAAAUGUUUACAUUAGAAAUAAAGAACACAAGAAAGCUUUGCAUGAUCAAGAGAAGUGGAAGCUUAUGAUCAUUUAAGAAGUUCUUUAAACUCUUUUAUUUUACUAAUCAAUAUAAAUUGACAGCAAUUUGAGAUAAAUAGUUGAAUUCAUAACUUUAGUUUUCUAAAAGUUUUAGCGCCCAUCUGAAUGCACAAGCAAAAUGGAUUUCGAUCUUUACAUUAAAAAUAUGAUAUAAAAUCGAUUAUCUAAUUAUUUGCCAAAAUUAUAAAAUGUAUAAUCAUAUACUAUCGAUAAUAAUUCAAAUUAGCAAAACCCUGCAUAAAGUAGUUAAAAAUAAGAUAGAAAUAAAAGUGUUAUGAAUUUUAAUAACAGUCCUAAGUAUUACUUAAGCAUGCUUAAGUAAAUGAGCAAUUUAAGAGAUUCUUCAAAAAAAGAUGUUGAGGUAUUAUCAAAAUACAUAACGUUUGAUGAUAUGCUUAAAAAUAACUCAUUCUUUAAUAUUAUUUUACAAAAUUUUGUUAGUUUGGGUUCUUCAAAUAUUGAAACAAGCCACUUAAUUUUAAAGAAUUUGUUUGCAAAUUUUUCUUAAAGAAAAAAUAUUAUUAGAUAGCUCAAGAAACUACAAAUAAUCAUGAAUGAAAAGGAAUAUUAUGUAUUUAAGUACCUAAAAUUUUUAAAUAUAAAGACCUAAUUCAUAUCAGAAAUGCAGGAACUCUGGUUUAGAAACGAUAUGAAAGCUAUUGUUUCUUAGAAAACUGCAUUUGGAGAGAUAAAUAUGUUAAUGUAAUAAAUUAAUUUAGCUUUUUAUGAGGCUGCAGAAUAUGAUUAGAAAGAAAAAUGCUUAGUUUCAAAAAAGCAACUUAGCGAUCUAAUUAAAGAAGACUAAAUCUUCUUUUGUAGGCAGCAGAUGCUAAGAAAUUUAAAAAUGCAUAAAAAUAUUCUAAGUAUAAUAAGAGAAGGAAAUAUAAUGAUUUAAAAUAUAAAUUAAAUUGAUAAAGACUCAGCUAAUUAAUUAGAAGAUCAAUAAAUGAUUAUUAAAAUGUAUGAAAGUUGUUAUAAUUUUUUGUUCUUGUUUGUAAAGGGAAAUAAAUUUAACUAGAAAGUACUAUUCAAAUACUUUGAGCUGUUUCUAUAAAAUGUUGGUUAAUUUGAUAUCGGUUAGUAUAAGCUAUUAAGAGAAAUUAUGAAGGAUAAUAAAAAGAUCUGCAAUAGCAUAACACCUGAGCAAAUUUAGAAAUAUAUCACUAAAAUUUACAAAAAUGGAUUAAAUAAUAACUUAGAAAUUAUUAAAUUUUUUGAAUAUUUAAUUUAAGAUCACGAUGAACCUGCUUAUUAAAAUAUUGAUAAACUUGUUAAGUGUUUAUUGGAGAGUGAAGAAUUUACUAAUUUCUUUGGUCUUAAAUUAAUAACUAAGAAUAGUAAUUUAGAGCAAUCUCCUCUCAAAAAAACAAAUGCAGAGAAUUUAAUGGAUUUUAAUGGUUAAAAGACCAUAAUAAACAUAUAACAAGAGAAUUCAAUUUAACAAAGCAUUGUUAACAAGUAGUAAGGGUAUUCAUAAUCAAAUAUUUAAGUACAAUCAUUACCUGGCCAGUAUGAAUUUAACAUAGAUUAAAAUGUUAUAGAUCUACUUUCAGGCGAUAACACACAGUAUAUUGAGAAGUCAUAUAAAGUAGAUGAUCUCCCUUUUUUAUAUAACUAAAAGAGUAUUGAAAUAGCUAAUUAAAUAUUAAAAUAUAGUCUUAAUCCUACAAAGACUCGUUACAUAUUCAACAAAUUAAUCAAUAUAAAUUAUAUUUAUAAAUUGCUUUCUUUAGAUGAUAUAUUUGAUAAGGUAAUUGAUCAAACGAUACUCUUUACUUAUUUUAAGACUACAUUAAUGGAAUUCGUUAAGUAAGUUUGGUUAUCAAAUGAAAAAAAUUCAGCCAAAUUAAAUAAAAAUGAAUUUUUGAUAUAAUUUUUGAAGAAAGAAACUAAAAAGCUCUUUUAAAUUAAAGACAGUAUGCUAGUAAGCUACAGUGAAGCUAUGAAUGCUAGAACUGGCAAAGAAAAAAUUUUGUAUCUUUAGAAUGUUUAAAAGUAAAAUUCUUCCUUUUAAUCGAACUCAAGAAAUAAUAGCUUUUUGAGCAAAAACAUUAUACGUCCAUCCAAUUCUUUAUUAGUGGAAGACAAAGACCAAAGCGAAUAAAAUAAUAUAAACCAGUAAUCGUCGGAUGACAAAAAGGAUGAAAAAAUUGAAGUGAUAUCUGAAUUUGGGGAAAACAAGAAAGAUGAUUAAAACCAAGAAAAUGACAUUAUUAAAACUUUCCACAGGACAAGCUAAAUGAAAUUCAAUAUAAAUUACGCUUGUGAUACUAAUUCAGAAGAAGAAGGAAAACAUGACGCUUAAAUAUUUUCUUCUUAAUCAAGCAAUAAAUUUUAAAUAUCAUAAAAAGACUUAGAGAAAAAGGAAAUUAACGUUUAAGCUAUAUAUGAAGAAAGAAAAGAAAGUGAAAUCUAUUACUUAGAUCCCUAAACAUAGAUGAUUGAGGAAAUAAUUAUGCUCGUUUAAACAGAUUAUAUAAGAUAUCUAUUUUAGUGUUUGAUACCAUUUGUUAUGGAUACAUUCAAGUGUUUUUUAGGAUAUGAUUCAUAAUAAGCGAAUGUUAAUAAUAGAUAAGAUUAUGAGGCAUUUGCCUCCUUUGCUAAAGAAGUUGCAGUUUUUUGUGAGUACGAAAUAACAGAAGAAAUUUACAAAAAAUAAAAAGAAAUGAUUUUACCUGUUUUGAUUGAAUUCCAAGAGAUAUUUAAGGUAAACAUAGACUUUUAGUUCGAUUGUAAGCAAGAAAUUUAAAGGUACUAGAAAGAAAGAAAUUCAAAGAAAUAAAACUAAUUUGAAAAAUAAUCCAAACUAGAGUUCAAGUCUCGCAUAAUAUAAGAUAGUAGGAUACAAGGAAUUAUCUAACCUUUAGAUGGAUAAUUUAUUUAUUAAGGGGAAGAAUAAAGAAUUAGACAAGAAGUCGCUAAUAUUAUCUUGCAUUUAUUAACUUCUGACUUUGUAAACUAAAAUCUUAUUAUUUAAGAAAGAAAUCACUUAGUCCAUGCACUAAGAGAUAGUCAUAGAUCUAAUAAUUUGUCUUUGCAAAAUUUUCUCAAAAAAUUAGUCAAUUUUGUGAAAAAUGCUAUUGAUAAUUUGGAAGAUGAUGACAGUAUAAUAUUACCUGAAGAUGAUGUAUUGAUUGAUACUAUUUAAUUACUUUGUGAUAUACUAGAUAGCUGUACAACAAAUGAGGAAUUAAUUUAUAUGUAGAACUUCUUAAAUUAGAAUGGUAUUAUCAAAGCCAUGAUUUAAUUCUUUUGCUAAAAAAAUGAAAUCGGUAAAUUAUUUAAGAGCUUUAUCAGUUUAGGAAUAAGAAUGAUCCAAGGUAUUAAUUGUGCUAAUUUUGCUAUUCAAGAGAGUAUUUACCAGUAAAUGACAUCAGAACCUAAUAUAGAAAUAUUUUUAGCUAAAAUAAUUGAAAUUAUUAGGCAAGAAAUUCACUUUUAAGCCUUUGAGAAUCUGAGUAUCUCUUAAAAGAUUGAAGCAGAAUGCAAAUCUUUGAAAUUCUCCUAUAACAAGCACAGAAAAUUUUCUAUUUAAAAAAUAUUGAGGUUCUUACAACUGCUAAUAGCAAACUGUUAUACUAAAAUGUAGAGAUAUCUACUGAAUUAGUACAGAUCAAAAACAAAUCAUAACAUACUGAACCAUAUUGUUGAUCUAGUCGAAGCAUAUAUGGGUGGAAGAAGUUUUUCUUAAUCAAAAUUCAAAGAUGGAUAAUCUUACUACACGGAUGCAGUCACUUGCGAUAAAGCUGUUAUGGCUUUAGAAACUCUCAUCCUGCUAAUUCAAGGACCCUGUAUAGAAAAUUAAAUAGAAUUAGCAGAAAGUAAGUUCCUUGAGAUUGCAACCUAUAUUCUAAAACUUAAUGACAGCUAUGAAUAGUUUACUAAAGUUUAUAAAAAGUAAAACUCUAGUGAGAUUUUCUUGAAUUAGGAAUAAAGUAUCAUUUAGAUAAUUAAUCAAAGCACCUAAGAGGUAAAUGUAAUUCAAAAUAAUAUUUCGCUCUUUAAGGAAAAGCUUACAGAGAGAUAAAAAUAACUUAUUCAAAGUGCAUAUGAAUUCUGUCCAUUAUAUUCUCAGUAGCUAUCAUAAAUAUUCAGAGAAGAUCAUCCAUCUAACUAUGGUGUUUGGAUGUUGUCGAUGAUAAAAAACAAAUGCAUAAGUUGUUUAGAGUCUCUUAUGGAUGGUGAAAAUAAAAUUAUCACAAGAAGAAUUAUGUCUGAUAUACCUCCCAAUUUGCUUAAAGUAAACUUAGCUUGGAUCUAUGAAAAAUAUGAGAUUCUUUAUGGUGAAGAUAAGUAUUAUGACUUUGAUUUAUUUUAGAUCAAAGAUGUAAAAUAAAUUAGAAAUGAGCUAGAUAAAACAACAAACAAAGAACUAAAAUUAAGAGAAAGUUUAAAGGAUUCUUUUAUCAUCGAUAGUGGAUUUAAAAUUUUUAGGAUACUUCGUUUUAUUUUGAAUUAAGCUGGAAAUAAUGAAAUAGAAAAUAUUUACAAUGAAAUUGCAAAAAGAGAAGCAUUGGUUUUUUAAAUACAGUCUAAGAAAAACAUUUUUUCAUAAUUAUAGAAUUUAUUGCAAGAUUUUGCUAAGCUCUUUACCAAAAUUUAUAGUUUUAUUUUUAGAAGAAAAGUCCUCUCAAAUAAAAUGAAUUAAGAAAAAAUAAGCUCCGGUGUUGAUAAAUUAAAACAAAAGUCACUUGAGUUUUUUUCAAAAUAUACAGGCUAAAUUGAAAUAGUAUAAGAAAAUAAAUUAUGUAAAAUAUCGUUCCCCAAAUACCCUCACUGCUUUAGUUUGACUAAUGCACUAAAAUCGAAAGUUACAAGACAUUUAAAUUUUUAUUCUCCUCAUACAAAAGUAGAAUCAAUAGUGAAAUAUGCUGAUCGCUUGAUAGAACGUCUAAAAUUUGAGCAUCUAUUCAAAGCUAAAUUAGAAAAAAAUUAAUCUAUUACUAUUCUUUCGAAUAACCUUGAUUUGUGGAAAAAUUUAUCUUAUUUUAUAUGUAUAGCUUAGAAUAUUUACAUAAUCCUUACAUUAAAGCAUAUACCUGGAGAACAUGAUUUCUAUUUCAGAUUUAUUGGAUAGGAUCGAGAUUUUUAGUUAUUCCUUUAGCUAUUUUAAAUUACUCUUGCUUCUCUUGUGCUAUUCUUUUUCCUCCUCAAGAAGAUCCCUCUAACCCAUAAAAAAAGUAUUGAGAAAAUUUAAUAAAUGGAUCUUAAAAAAUUUUCUAUCAACGAACAUACUCUUCAUUAAAAUGUGAUUAGAACUGAUUACAAAACAAAAUUAAGAAACUUGAAAAUAAGAGUAGGCUAUAUAUUUAAGGAUACUGAACUUUUAUAUUUUUCGAUUUAUUUCGCAUUAGCUCUGCUUGGGUUAUUUAAUGAGUUUUUCCUUGCACUCCUGCUUUUUGAUGUUUUUUGGAGAUUUCCCAUGCUUAGGAGCGUUUUGCAUGCUGUAUGGAGACCUCGCGAGUCCAUUUUAUUAACUAUGUUCUUAUUUUUUAUCUGCACUUAUAUGUUCAGCUUAACGGCCUUUUACUUCUUUGUGGAUCAAUUUAAUACUCUUUGUGAUAAUUUAUUAACAUGCUAUAGUGUAAUUUUUGAUUAUAUGUACAAAAAUGAUGGAGGUAUAACUUCUUUCUUUGCGCCUAAUGGUCCUGAUGAUUUCCUAGAAUAUUAUGGAGCAAAUUAUAGUUUAGACUGGCUUAGUUUAUGGAAUUUCCUCUACUUUUUUAUUAUAAUUACACUCUUAUUUAGUAUAGUUACUGGUAUUAUCAUAGAUACUUUUGGUUUAUUAAGAGAUGAAGAAGAUUAAAAAAAGAGAAAUAAAAAAGACUCAUGUUUAAUUUGUAGCAUAGAUCGUGCAAUUAUAGAUAAAGUUUCUCCACAUAAUUAAGGGUUCUAGCAUCAUAUCGAUGUUGAACAUAACUUAUGGAAUUAUAUAUUCUAUAUUUCUUAUUUAAAAGAAAAGAAUCGUAACUAUAUGCUAGGAGCAGAAUCAGAGAUAUACUAAAAAGUUAAAAUCAAAGAUAUUUCCUGGUUCCCAUUAAAUAGAUCACUAUCUGUUAACUAAAAUUAAGAAACAAAUGAAGAAAUUGAUAACCUCAAUAAAAAAAUAGUAAAUAUGGAAUCUAAAUUGAGUAUAAUUUUACAAGAGAUAUUAAAAAAUACCAAAGUAAGUAACAAAAGAAUUUUAAAAAUGGAAUAAUAACAAGACUUGAAGUAGCUUAAUCUAUUUUAAAAUACACAGGAAAGUAAUUCUAUGCUUUUCAGUACUAAAAUGCUUCAAAGCACAUCAAAGAAACUACCAUAGCCAAUUAGGACGCCUAAAAGAUCCCAUUCUCUAUGGGUACCAUAAAAAGAGUAAAGUGCUGAAAUUAUAGAAGAAGAAGACCAAAAAAAAUAAUUAAACACAAGCUUAUUGUCAAGUUAAUCAGUUGAAGCUAGUUAAGAAAUUUAAAAACCAUCUAUUAAUCAAAAUACUAGUUAAGUAGCAUAAAAACUAACUAAUUUAAUGAAUAGAUGCGAAAGUGAAGAUGAAUAAUGA